GCAGCGACACACGAGCCCGCUGCUGGUCAUCCUCAUCAGCCUGUUGUCUCUCUGUCCAACUUGUGAUCGGCAAAUUAGAAAAUAUUGCUAAAACUCAAAUGUCAAGGCGAAUUUAGACGAUUACUAUCGUUUCUCUGUGAAUGUUCAUUUUGCGACUGGAGCGGAAAUAAUCCAGGAUUAUUGUCAAGCGCAAAAGAGCGUCGGAACCAGCAUCGUGGCUCUGCUAGAGGCGGCAUGUUCGAGGGCGAAGACGGACAGAAUUGACCUCCUGCUUUCACCUAAAGAGGAUUCAAUGAAAAUGUCCGUGUGCGUCCACGAAAACCGCAAGUCGCGUGGCAGCACGGGCUCCAUGAACAUCUACCUGUUCCACAAGUCGUCCUACGCCGACAGCGUGCUCAUGCACCUCAACGCGCUGCGGCAGCAGAAGCUGUUCACCGACGUCAUGCUGCACGCCGGGCGCCGCUCCUUCCCGUGCCACCGCGCCGUGCUGGCCGCCUGCAGCCGUUACUUCGAGGCCAUGUUCAGCGGAGGGCUGAGGGAGAGCCAGGCCAGCGAGGUGGACUUCCACGACUCCAUCCACCCCGAGGUGCUGGAGCUGCUGCUGGACUACGCCUACUCCUCGCGCGUGGUCAUCAACGAGGAGAACGCAGAGUCUCUGCUGGAGGCCGGCGACAUGCUGGAGUUCCAGGACAUCCGGGACGCCUGCGCCGAGUUCCUGGAGAGAAACCUCCACCCGACCAACUGCCUGGGCAUGCUGCUGCUCUCCGACGCCCACCAGUGCAUCAAGCUCUCGGAGCUGUCCUGGAGCAUGUGCCUGAGCAACUUCCCCGCCAUAUGCAAGACGGAGGAGUUUCUCCAACUGCCCAAAGACAUGGUUGUGCAGCUUUUGUCCCACGAGGAGCUGGAGACGGAGGACGAGAAACUUGUUUACGAGGCCGCGCUUAACUGGGUCACCUACGACCUGCAAGGAAGGCACCCCCACUUGCCGGAGCUUCUGAAAACAGUGCGUCUGGCCCUUCUGCCCGCCGUCUUCCUCAUGGAGAACGUCUCCACCGAGCCACUGAUAAACAGCCAGACCAAGAGCAAGGAGCUGGUGGACGAGGCCAUCUGCUGCAAGCUGAAGAUCCUGCAGAACGACGGCGUGGUCAACAGCCCGUGCGCCCGUCCCAGGAAGACCAGCCACGCGCUCUUCCUGCUGGGAGGCCAGACCUUCAUGUGCGACAAGCUGUACCUGGUGGACCAGAAAGCCAAAGAGAUCAUCCCCAAGGCCGACAUCCCGAGCCCCAGGAAGGAGUUCAGCGCCUGCGCCAUCGGCUGCAAGGUGUACAUCACGGGCGGGCGGGGCUCGGAGAACGGCGUGUCCAAAGACGUGUGGGUGUACGACACGGUGCAGGAGGAGUGGUCCAAGGCGGCACCCAUGCUGAUCGCCCGCUUCGGCCACGGCUCGGCGGAGCUGAAGCACUGCCUGUACGUGGUGGGCGGGCACACGGCCGCCACGGGCUGCCUCCCGGCCUCGCCGUCCGUGUCCCUCAAGCAGGUGGAGCAGUUCGACCCGGCGGUCAACAAGUGGACGAUGGUGGCGCCGCUGAGGGAGGGCGUGAGCAACGCCGCGGUGGUCAGCGUCAAACUCAAGCUGUUUGCGUUCGGGGGCACCAGCGUCACGCACGACAAACUGCCCAAGGUGCAGUGCUACGACCCCCAGGAGAACCGCUGGACCGUGCCCGCCUCCUGCCCGCAGCCCUGGCGCUACACGGCCGCCGCCGUCCUGGGCAACCAGAUCUUCGUGAUGGGCGGCGACACCGAGUUCUCGGCGUGCUCGGCCUACAAGUUCAGCAGCGACAGCUACCAGUGGACCAAGGUGGGGGACGUCACGGCCAAGCGCAUGAGCUGCCAGGCCGUGGCGUCGGGCAACAAACUGUACGUGGUGGGCGGCUACUUCGGCACGCAGCGCUGCAAGACCCUGGACUGCUACGACCCCACGCUGGACGCGUGGAACAGCAUCACCACGGUGCCGUACUCGCUCAUCCCCACCGCCUUCGUGAGCACGUGGAAGCACCUCCCCUCCUGAAGCACCGCGGGCCCCUCGACGCCCCCCUCUCCCGCGAGAUUCCACCAUUUUGCAUCAUUUACUGGAUUCCAACUGUGAAGGAUCACGCUUAAACUUCCUGCGCGACAAUGACUCAUCUUUGCUGUUCGGAAAAUACCCCCAAAAAAACAAACGACGUCCCGACACCUGACUUCAACUUGAUGUUUCCAAUGUGCGGACAUUGAUGACAAAGAACUGUGCUUUUAAUCCUGGAAGGAUUGAACAUAGAUUUGUGUGUCCUUUCCCAUUUCUGACCAAACAUCUGGGACUAAUCCAACACAAACAAACCAACCAAACAAACCGCUGCUUGUUGUAUGAAAUGCAAAAUCAAAAUUUCAUAUUGCAUCUUGGGCUUUCGACAUUCAAGUCAUGCAAACUGCAUAGUGUCCAUUGAAUCACGAAAAUGCUUGUGAGGAUGUGUCCUGUUUUCUUAACUUGUUCUUCUAUGAAAUGAAAAGAAAGAAAUGAAACAAAACAAAAUCACUCUCUUCUCAGAGACCGUAAUCAAUUGCAUGUCGGAUGUACUAUUUCAAUCAUGAAGGGAUUAAAACCAAGAGUGAACGUGCUGUGAUGUGGGGUGCGUUCCAGAACACGCUUUGGGAGGCCAGCCAAAUCAUGAAGGGCACAAGAAAACCUUCGCUAUUUUUUAUUGGACUCUUAAAAACUCUGCUUUGUUGUACCGUUUUCCUACCCCGCUACACCACCUUGGUGGUCACAUCGCUCCCCUCCCCCAAACGCUGGCGAAGCAAAGGUCCUUGUAUGCUCUGAUCUUUGGGGGUCUCACACUUGGCUGUGGUCUUCCCACCCUCUGGGUGUUUUUCUUUUCAUAGUUUUACUGUCACCAAAGGUCACGAGGUCAAGGGUUCUUGAUCAACAGCACCAGCUGAUGUUGAGGAUAGAUCAGAGGUCUGGUUGGAGGGGUGUUUGAGAAUUGUGGAACCGUCAUUGGGUCGUGACCUG